AUGACUGGAGGAUUCUCCUUUCCGCCUCCGCCUCCGCCACCACCAAAGGCAGCAUGGAGUCCUCCUGCUGCUGAAGAGCGAUAUGCAAGUCAAGAUCGGGCACGUGGGCGGGAUAGAGGCCGCGGUCGUGGUAGACCACACGACUCGUCUGGUAGAGGUCGUGGAUACGGCGAUCCGACACCUGCCCAGAACUAUCGACACCGCCACCCUGAAUCAGCAGAAAGUGCUCCGCAACUCGUUGAUUAUGCUCGGCAAUUGCCCAGCAGCGUCAACCCCCAGCCGCAAAUUUUGCCAUCUGGUUCUUAUAUCAACCCUGCAUUUGUGCCUCGACCAAAUGGUGGAAGUCCUUUCGCGAACAUUCCUUCCAUAUCCCCACCACGGACCGUAGCCGGACACAAGCGCAAACUCGACGCACUGCGACCGGUCCUGCCUCAUACUGCGCCAGUAAUGCCAAGUUUUGGAGCCCCGAUACUACCACCCAAACCUGAUACUGCCAACAUACCAAAAGCCGGUGCUGUCAGCACGGGCCGGAAAAGCCUUGGUCUAGCACCUGCAGAUGGCAAUGCCGUUUACUCGUCGUCUGAAGAUGAGAGAGAAGUCGAGAACAUCGACGAAGAAGCUCUACAUGCGGAGCUUGGCGCAAAGCUGACUUUCGAGCAUAACGGCGUGGUACUCACCCUCAACAACGCUGUCGAUCUGGCAGCAUGGCAGGACGAGCGUCGGAGGAACUGGCCUACUAACGCACGCAUGGCAGAGCGGGUGAUGGAGAAGCGAAAGGUUGGAGACGAAAGGAGACGACUACUAACAACGACAGUAGCGUCUAAGCAAGACUCGGCCGCUGCAGUUCGACAAGUUCGACGUGAAGCAGCAAAGGCACAGCGCGGUUCGACGUCUCGGAGUACUGCACUAGACAGAAGUACUGCGUCAAAGUCACCGAUGAGCGACCUGGACCGAGCACGCAAAGAGCUUGUUAAGCAGGAGGCGAAGUUGAGUGCGCUUAGAAAGCAGGUCUCAACCAGUCAAGCAGCGCUUGACGAUGCUCGUGCCAGGGAAAACACACGCAAUGUUACCGCUCACGAAGAGUCGCCAGAUAUCGAGCUCGAGAGUGAGACUGUCAUCAAAGACAGAGAAUCAGACGUCAGCUCUGUACUGUCCGAAUCAUCCGUGGUGAGCAGCGGUCCACUAGAUCCCGGGUCAGAAAGUGAUGACGAUGAUUUACCCGAAGAGUCUACGACAAAAGCGCCGGUCACAACAACAGAACAGAGAGGACAACGGGUAUGCCGAUACUUUGCUGCGAGUGGCUACUGCCGAGAUGGCGAUGCUUGCGGCUUUCGACAUGAGCUCGCUCCUGGCGCUCGGGUCUCGCAGCCUCGGCAGCAGCAGCAACCACGAGAGGAUCGAGCACCACGUUUAGAUCCGGUCAACACAGAUCGGAAGAGCAUUUACCAGCGACUUAUGGAACAGCAACAGGAGGAAGAAGAUCGGCUGGCGUUGAAAGUGAUCAAGCAUCUGGGCAAGGCCGGAUUCUUUUCCGCUACGACUGAUGCUUGA